AUGAGACGCCCUAUCCGCCUCGCCGUCCUCGAGUGCGACCACCCCCUGCCGCAGACCGCAGCAAAGUACGGCGGGCGCUUUGGAGGGGUCUUCAAGGCGCUGCUGGGACAGUCGGCAAAGACGCUGAACAGGCCUGACAUCGUCGAUCCAGAGGCCGGGCUGGACAUCUCAGAGUACGAUAUCGUGGGGGGCGAUGAAUUCCCGGCUCUCGAGGACAUCGACGCCGUCCUCAUCUCCGGAUCAAGUGCGUGUGCUACCUACUCUACCCCCUUUGCUCUGCUUUUCCUUUUUUUUUUUUUGCUCGGAACUAGUAGAUUAACUAGUUAUUGCGCCUGGCUAGAGUUCGAUUCCUUUGAUACGACGACGCCCUGGAUAAACAGGCUGGUCGAGUUUACCAAGCAGGUGCUGGCCCAGGAUCGCGUCAGGCUGAUUGGAGUCUGCUUCGGCCACCAGAUCAUCGGGCGAGCGCUGGGAGCGAGAGUCGGCCGUAGCGCUAACGGCUGGGAGGCCUCGGUGCACGAACUUACCUUGACGGACCAGGGCAAAGAGGUCUUUGGCGCUGAGAAGCUGAACAUCAUGGAGAUGCACCGUGAUGUCGUGUAUGAGCUUCCAGCCAACACCGUUGCGCUCGGCCAUACGCCCAAGUGCUCCAUCCAAGGAAUGUACAAUCCCCGCAGAUUCAUCUCCGUCCAAGGCCAUCCCGAGUUUAACAGGGACAUUGUCAUGGAGAUUAUGCAAACUAGAAAGGCCAAUUAUCCUUCAGAUGUCUUUGACGAAGCUAUGAAGGUCAUCGACAACAAGCAGGACGGCGUCCUCAUCGGCGAGGCCUUCCUGAAGUUCUUGGCUGAGGAGUGA